AAUGUUGUGCAUGUUAGCCCGAAAAUCUUGGUGCACGUUAGCUUCACUGCACUGCGCUAAAACUCUUUACUCUCUUGUAUGUAUCUCUUCAGUCUUUCAGUUCAGAGUUGUAUUGAAAAGAAAAUUUUAUAAUCAGAAAUUCGAUUGGAGAUGGGGAGCGGGGUGGAUGCUGCGGGAGAUCAGAUCCCAACGUCGGCUGUGCUAAUGGCGUCGCAUAAGCACAUCGGGACGAGAUGCCAGCGGGAAAAUGUCGAGUUUUUGAAAUGCAAGAAGAGGGAUCCAAAUCCGGAGAAAUGUCUCGAUAAAGGCCGCCAAGUUACUCGCUGUGUCUUGGGCCUGUUAAAAGACCUUCACCAGAGGUGCACAAAGGAGAUGGAUGAAUAUGCUGGUUGUAUGUAUUACCACACAAAUGAGUUUGAUUUAUGCCGCAAGGAACAGCAGGCAUUUGAGAAGGCAUGUCCAUUGGAAUGAUUGACUGAAACAGAUACUUGUAUUGCAAUAUCUUCAGAAUAAGUUCCAUCACUUUUCCAAGAGCAAACACUUUGUUGCCAUUAGCCAACAUUUUUUUCUUUGUUGGAACUUGAUUUUCGGUAUGAAUUUUCGCCGUAUUGUGUAAUUCAGAUCAUUUUUUGGAAACGUCUCUGAUUCAAAAGAAGACAUAACUACCCUUUAUGUCUGCAUCA